AUGUUUCAAAAUCUACGCCCGGAAGAGUUGCUCUCAUUCUUUGAGGGUCAUCCCUCUAAGAUUUUUCACAUUGUUUACGAUGCUUUUUCUAUGUUGGAGAUUGAUAAUAAAACCAAAAAUUCAAUCCUUGACGUCCUGCUUAAUGACGUGAAUUCUCUUAAACUCAGAGUUCGUGGACUCCGUAUUUUUAUCUCAUGGUAUCAAAUACUUGGACAAAAUGCUAGUCCAGAGUGUCAUAUUCGGUUCAGGAACCUUGUUCCUGACUUGAGAUUGCUGAUAAGUGAUUAUCAUCGACGUGAGGAGUCGUACACGCCGUCAUCAUCUGAUCCACAUUUUUCUAGGUCUCCUAAAGAACCUCCAAAAGCUACGCCUAAAGAUAUGUUAAGUAUAAAUCUGCGUUCUCAUAUCUCGUUCAGCUCUUUUCCAGUUCAACCUUGGGAAAUUUCAUUUACUUUGCCUAGCCUUUUGGAUAAGUCUGAUGAAUCUACUGAUACCUCGUUUGAAUUACUUCGUUACCUACUCCGAUUUUUGGUGACAGAAGUUACUAAAAUCGAGUGGAAGGAAAGAAAAUGGCCUAACUAUUUACUUCAGUUCUUCUUUCUCUUCGAAAAAUUUAAGCGCUCCUAUUUGCCCGUUAUUUUUCCCAGUGGUCUGAUUCUAGAGAUCGUCAAUGCUAUAGCAGAGGACGCGAGAUUAGGUACGUUUCACGAA